UACACCACUUCUAUUCUUGAAGCCUUCAACAUGGAGGUUGAUCAUGCAUCCAGGUCCCUUAUUGAAACAGAAACAUCCCAGCUCACAUUUGAACACCGUCCGACAUUCUCCGAUGGCGCGAGCGAUGAUUUAGAAGAUGUUAGGAAGGACGCGCGUCGUGACACCUCUCUUGGGGACAGGGUUAAAAGGCUGGUGUUGCAUCGAUGGGAGCAGUACAAAGAUGUCAAUGACAAGCUACGCGAGCGCGUUGAACUGACAGAAGAAUAUCAAGCAAAUAAAAGGAAGAUAGAAGAGCCAUCAACAAUGAUAAAACUUAAGGCUAGGGUGACAGAAGAGCCAAUUGAAGAGCAAUCGACGAUGUUCAAAUUUACGACUUUGCGUAUGCACGGAUGGGCAAAUUGAAGAGCCAAUUAAAACGGAUGUGCUAACUUUAUGAAUGUUUUAGUUAUUAUCUACAUUUCAAAACAAGUUUGUCCAUGUUCAUAGAUUUACAAUUACCUUUAACAUUGUUCUAAGAUAUCCAAAUUCCAUGCUAUCAUUUUAUCAAGUAAUCUUUUC